UUAGCAGAAAAAACUAACAGACCAAUGGGCGACCUGUACUCUCGACCAAUUGCUGUCCAAUAGCAUCGACGAGGCCAAUGGAUCAUACCUCCCUUGGCAAACGAUGGAAUAUAUGGUCCUUGGAGGAGAAUAAAUGCAAAGAAGAUAGAAUGCAUGUGCGGCGAGGAGAGCCGGGCGAGCAAUGGCUCUUGCGCAGCUAAACUCAUACCAUGGAAACUAUUACGGACGCGUCUCCAUGAAUUUCCAUUGACAGAUGUUGGCAGCAUUGGGACGAGCGAGCGUGUGUGCGUUUGUGCAUCAAAAUGACACAAGUAGAAACCACACCAUUUGAAGCAGAUUUGAUAUUGGGUAGUCAGUUCCUUCCCUCGCUCGCCACUGUCAACAACGAGAACGGCCAAACUGCCACACGAGUUGGAGUUCUCCAGUGUAGACGCUGUGCAACAAGUUUCAUUCAGGUGAGAGAGGCUUUGUCCCAUUACCGUCUGCAUGUGUUUGAGACUCACAAGGAACACUUCACUGUUGUGGUUGGAGGUUCCUGUCCACGUCCGGGCUGUGCACUAGGCGGGGAAAAAAUACCGAUUAUCCACUUCCACUGUGCUUAUUGCAUCUUUACAUCCACUGAGAUAAUGGAUCUUCCUUUGCACAUGGAGAAGCGCCAUCUCGCGUUUUACAGGGAGGUCAGCUUGGUCCUGCGAGGAGAUGACGUCCAGCGCACGAAGGUUUAUUCUUGUGGAGAAUGUGGUAAGAAAAUCCAAGGAACUGUGUCUAUAGUCCAGCAUCUCUUAGCGCAUGACAGUGACACGCAGAAAGCCUCUGUAGUGAAGUACAAGUCUCUUGUGAAUGGUAGUGAGUGUAAAGACAGUGAACAGGUAGUGGUGAAUGGUGAUAGCAAAAGUGACAACUACAAUGUGGACAGAGUGCACCCAAGCCUACUGAUCCCAGAGUGCGGUCUCCAAAAUGGGACGGGAGAGGAAAAGCACAGUGUAGAGGAAAACUCCUGUCCAAACGGGUUAAGCCCUGCCAUGACCGAUAUAAGAAAUGUGCAAUUUAUAGCUGCUUCUACUAGUCAUAGGUUUGAAAAUCAUGUGAUUCCAAUGUUGAACAAUGUAGAACAAGGGAUGAUAAUCCAGAAUGGGAACCUUGAAGGGGACAGCCCCGAUAGUGAGAGAGCUGCAGAUAGGAUGGACUGUGAUGAACCUCCUCUGGAGCCAGUGGAAAUAAACCCACUGGAUCUGCUGACGACUGUGAUCGAGGAGGAUCAGAAGAGCGAGAACCCCAUCUUCCCUGCAGAACACUUCCUGCUCAGUCUUCCAACUCCAACGCACUUCCUGGACAGCGAGGGUGGCAGUGGGAGCACUGGGGGUGGUCAGGAUGACUCUGCCGAUGGCUUCCAGGACUGCAAUGAUAAUGAAGAUGAGAACAGCAAUGAUGGCAUGAAUGACAUCCCUAGCGAUAUCCUGCUUGACCACCCCGGAGUCUACCCCUGUGACAAGUGCGGUGAGGCCUUCAAGUACCAGUACCUGCUUACCUCUCACAAGCGGCAGGCUCACAACAGCCUCAACAUCCCGUUCCAAUGCCAAGUGUGCAACAUGGAAUUCGAAGUCUUGCAGGAGCUCAAGAGGCAUAUGAUGACCCACUCUGGUGCACUCGGCUACACCUGCAAUAUGUGUGGCCAGGGCUUCCCCGACCGGCCAUCCCUCAAGACGCACACACUUUCUCACGGGUUGUCAACAGAAAGGUCUAACAAAUGUGAAUCAUGUACAAUGGAGUUCCCUUCCAAGUCAGAGUUGACGCGACACAUUGUCAAGUACCAAGGGACAUGCAACCCCAAUAAGAAUGAGAGUGUGCGGUGCGCCACGUGUGGGGAGGACCUGCCAACCUUAGAAGCCCUGAAGGACCACAGGCGGACAGCUCAUCCUACGCCUGAGGUUGCUCCCGGCUCAGGCAAGAAGGGCUUUGAGUGUGACUAUUGCGGCAAGACCUUCAACUGCCGGUCCAACCUGCGAGACCACCUGGUGGUACAUACUGGUGAGAAGCCAUACCCCUGUGAUAUUUGCGGCAAGACCUUUAGCUUCAUUCACAACAUGAAGACCCACCGACUGACACACAAUGAGGGACGGAACGAGGUCUGCCCCUAUUGCGAUAAGGCCUACAAGAGCAAGAUCUCACUCUACUAUCACAUGAAGAAGGGCAACUGCCGUGGACUCUCGACGAAAGAGGUACCAGAGGGAUACCACCGUUGCACUGAGUGCCUCCAGAUGUUCGCAAGUGAGGAGAGGUACCGAGCUCACAAGGACAAGGGCCACUGCCAGGUGUCACACCGGUGCCAGCACUGCGGCCUUAGGUGCUCCACUGAGCUGCGUCUCCAGAACCACCUGCAGAAGGGCCUCUGUCAGAAGAAGGAUACACCCUCUUCCAGCCCUAAUGAAGGAAGUUCUAAGAAGCGUCGUUCAGAGAAGCGUGAACGUGAGAGGAACCAAGAGGAAAUUGUAUGUGACAGAUGCAACUAUACCAAAGAUUGUUGCUGUACAUUUUCCUGCAAGCACUGUGCCAAGCGCAUCUUCUCCAUCAUGGCAUAUACCCUACACUCAGAAAGAACAUGCCCAGUCCUCAAGCAAAGGCGCGAGCGUAUUCGUAUGGCUAUCAUGGAGAAGAGACGCCGCAGGGAAGAGUAUAUAAAUGAGGCUACCAGUGAUUUACCUGACACUGCAUUCUCUUUCACGAGUGCAUAUCAGCUUCACGCAGGACUCCUGAGUGGCAGCACGAGUAGCAGUGAAUCUAGUAGCAGAAGGAUGUCUUCAGAGCUGGCCAAGUUGAAGGCUGAAAGUAAAGAGAAGAGUGCAGAGAACGACUCUAAACCAGUGGAGGAGGAUGGUGAUGAUAGUAAUUCUGGCAGUCUAACAGAUUUGUCAACUUUCACUACCCCCAAUAUACUUCAGCCAGUCACAAAUGCCUCGGUCGAGUGACAGAUGUCCAAGCGUCGUAUAAGCUUAAGGUAUAACCGGUUUUGCUCAGCCUAACUAGGAACAAUUUAUAUGCCAAAGCAAGAUGCGACUGUCACUACAACCUCCUGAAACUGAGGCCAGGAACACUGCACUCUACCUUGGUUGUGACUGAGAGUGAAUGCCAAGGAAGCACUCUUGGAUGAGUGCUUCCAAGACAGCAGCUGUCAAGAGUACCAUCCCAGAAUACACUGUACCAACUAAUUCAAGCUAGAAGACAUAGAUAACUGCAUCCAGUCAUGACUGAAAAGGUCUCAUAGUCAUAAACAGCCAGCUACAGUUGCUGUUUUCAUACCCACAGUAUACAUAACUGAUCACUUUGUCCACUUUAGAAUACAACUAGUCAGUGUUACCCAUCCAAGGCAUAGCAAGUCAUUCUCACCUGGAAUGCAAUUGGUUGUUGCUCCUUCUGAAAUCACAGGUGUCCACUGUGUGCAUUCCAGACAAAGGCAGUAACUCAACUCACUAUUAGAAGUUCUGAAAUUAGUCCAGUAAUCUCAGACAGCAAAGGUUAUGAAAGAUUGAUACCUCUUUUGAAAAAAUCACGUUCAAGACAAAUAACUUCUGUGAUCCAAUUUAGGACUUUUAAGGAGUACUGAUCAAUAGGCAUUAAACAUGCAUGGUGGAUAUAUCUUGGAAAAAACGAAUGUGAUGUAGGCUAUAGAGAGAAGAAAAAAAAAAAUUUUGAAAAGAGCUCAAAAAUAUUUUUAUUGUACCUGAUUGUUCACUUUGUGCCAAAGGGAGCUUUGCAUCAGGAAUAUGGAAAAAAAAAUCUUGGCAGUGAUUUACUUUUCUCUCCUAACAGGUAUUGAAGAACAAAGAAGAAAAGUAACAGAAUUCCAUCGGAGUGUUUAAUUAUGUCUGUGCAUCGGUGUAUGUGGGAAUUCUUAUGAUUGUGAAGUGUUAGUGAAACUUCCUGUUUCACACUUUGCGAGACAUUGUUAAGGUAUAUUACCUUUAUGUGGAAGAAUUUGAGACUGAUUUAUUUUAGAAAAUGGAGUGGACAGCCAUUUAGACUACAAUAAGAUAAUAAUAGUAGAGUGAAUUUCAAGAAUGUUGGGAAUUGACCUCACUGAAGGAGAGACAAAAGUUUUAAUUCCCAAAAGUUGGACACAAGAAUAGCCUUGCAUGAUAUUCACAUUGAUUUGUUAUUUUGUAUUGAUGAUGUAUAAUUAAAAAGAAUAUCGUUGUUAUCCAAUAUCUAACUGUCACAAUGAACAAAAUGUGAAAUCUUACUGACAGUUGCAGUGGUUUAUUUUCGCUUAUAUUUUUUGUACUAAGAAGAAAUCCACGCUGUGAGUCGUCUUCAGCCUAGUCAGUUCCUAUUGGAUUUGAUGAGACCUACUUGCGAAUCACGAAUGUCUUACUUCAUUGUUAGUACUUGAGAUCUGAACAUUUUUCUAGACAAGAGGACUUUCUGUAUGUAAUCUAUUUAUUUGUCACAAAAUAAUUUUGUUCUUCCUGUAGUAUUUUUUGUCUACCUAGAAGUUACUACAUUAUAUACUCUUCACAGUAUAAACACAAUGUUUGUUUGUACAAUUUAUACAAAUAUUUACAUUUCUUUGUGUCUUUUGGAGAUGAAUCUGCAAGGAAGAAGCCAGGCUUACUUGUAGUUAGGACAAGGCACUAGGAAGACAGAUAGACAGUUUGAUCAUGUGGAGUGAUUGCUUGUGAUGUGUACUACACGAUAUGGUAUCUGUUGUUAGACAGUUAAUGAGAUUGUUGAUUCUUUAUUUGUAUUUUUCUUGACCACAGAAGCACCAUUAAGAGGGCUAAUGUAGAGGAAUUAUAUUUUUUAUCUGCAGUAAUAGAAAGUAUACAGAGAAAAGUUUGUUGUAAAAUUGUAGUGUAAUUUUUGUUUGCAAAUGCUGUAUUUGUGAAUAUAGAUAAAAUAACCAAAUUAGGAAUUGUUCUAAAGCAGUAAGAGGGAACAUUUGUUUAAUUACAUGUGAUUCUAUGCUGGGUCAUUCACUUACACACACACACACGCGCGCACACACACACACGCACACACACA